GCGGCUCGAGCGAUCACUUGUCUUACUCCAACGAGAUUUAAGGAAACAUGCUAAGGGCUCAAAGCAAUCGAUCAAUAUACACUCGGCUAUCAGCUCAGCUGAGCUACGGCUGGCGGUGAUUCGAGCGGAAAAACAGCACCAACGCAACUCCACGCUAAAAGUAAACCAAUUGCCAACGGAAAUCCUUCUUUAUAUUUUCAACUUCUUCGUUGGAACCAACAUGAUGAAUCGGAUCGCGGCUGUCUGUCGUUUGUGGAGGGAUCUCUCGAUUGACUAUGCUCCGUUCUGGACCAGUAUAUCAUACAGCGAUCGCAUCCGUGGUGGUCUUUCGACUUCAAGGCAUACAACUUUUUCGGAUAGGAUGCGGACAUACCUGGUUCGGUCAAAACACCUUCUCAUUGCAGUUAGGAUACGAAUAUGCUCCAUUGCUGCUGCCCAGGGGGUUUGGAAUCUGGUUUACCCUCAUCUUGAGCGUUGUAAAUCGCUUUCUAUUGAAGACCGGGGCGUGGUUUCGUGCAUGUUAUUCCCCCUGCCCGGUCGCCUUACGCACCUGAAGAAUGUCGCCAUUGCAUUGGAUGGUGUCUGCAUCAACGCGUGUCUCUUCUCCACUGACGCUAAAUGUGAAUUGGAGAAGGUUGAAAUUACCUUUCAUUCAACGUUCCCACGCACACGUCCUCAUGUCUUGCCAAUCGAGGCGCUUCUGGGUCGGAACAUCCGGUUGGAUUCAAUAAAAUAUUUUGAUUUGGGUGAUACAUUCAGCCCGACAACAUCCUUGUCAUUUCUUCAGUCUACCAAAAACCUUGAAGUCUUGAAGCUACACACCAGUGGGCCACUGGAUGAUUCCCUUUCCGCCGACCUGCGGCAUUUAAAGGAGCUCUAUCUCAGGACAUCUAUCCAUCUUUCAGCAAUACCCCAUAUCUUCCUGGCGCCUUCACUUCACCAUCUGCAGCUCUACGUAUCCCAGUUGCCGCCCCAAGAUAUAUUGCUUCCACAAGAUCUCAGCACGUUCCCUGCCCUGCGAUCACUUGACCUCGAUCUUCCUUUCUCUUUCCCGGUUCCAGAAACGAUUCAAUUCCUCCUACUUCAUCCUCACUUGGAAAAAGUUAUUCUCCCUUUGCAUCAGACGGGUGCUGUGGAGUUUUUGUUGGAGACAAAUGGUUCCCCUGAGUUCGGAGGGAAUGUUGGACCUUUAAGGCAUUUGGGCCUCCUUAUGGACAUGGAUGUUUUUCCGCAGGUCGAGAGCUUGUCAGAGAGCUUGGAAAGUAGCUUGGGUCGCCUUCUAAGCCAUCCAACGACCGCUCAAGGUUGUGUCAUUAAAUUUACUUCGAACUGCCAACAUAUGUUACCACGGAAGCCUGGGAGCGUUUCUCGAUUGCAGGCAGCUUAUCCCCACCGCGUUCAAUGGCUCAACGAAGACAACUGGGGAAUUUUGUCCAGACGUGUGGAGGCACCGCGAAAGAAGCCUACUCGUCGGCGGCGAUUGACUUGACUCGGCGGAUAUCAUGGUAGUGAUUAAAAGAAAGGUCUCAGAUCCUCAAAACUAUGUAAUACUAUGAUAUAAGAACGAUGAAAAAUCUUUCCUUGUAUCUACGAAAUUGGUGUUGCCAAAUCGAACGUUG